GCAAAAGAACACAAGGGGCGUCUAUUCCGCCAUAUUGAAUUACCAAGAGAAGACAAGAGGAAAAUCGUCCCCAAUCAAGCACCAAUCUGACCCAUCGUUGACCCAAACCGAUAACACCUGGAUUCUACAAGUAGAUAGAGGGACAAUUAACCGUGUUUGAUUGUGAUUUUUUCAGACGAUCCCCGAUUACAUAGUAAUUAACUUGUUGAGGCGGCUCUUCCGUUCAUUCCGGAAGUUGUAAUAUGGGGACGAAGGACGACGAAUAUGACUACUUAUUUAAAGUUGUUCUGAUUGGUGACAGUGGUGUGGGUAAAAGUAAUCUCCUAUCCAGAUUUACCAGGAAUGAAUUCAACUUGGAAAGUAAAAGUACAAUCGGAGUCGAGUUUGCUACCAGGAGUAUACAGGUGGACGGCAAGACAAUCAAGGCACAGAUCUGGGAUACAGCCGGCCAGGAACGGUACCGGGCCAUCACUAGUGCGUACUACAGAGGGGCGGUAGGAGCCCUCCUUGUGUACGACAUCGCUAAACACUUAACAUACGAAAACGUGGAACGCUGGCUUAAAGAGCUCCGCGACCACGCGGACAAUAACAUAGUUAUCAUGUUAGUGGGGAAUAAGAGCGAUUUACGACAUCUACGAGCCGUGCCCACAGACGAGGCCAAGGCUUUCGCAGAAAAAAAUAACCUGUCUUUCAUUGAAACAUCGGCUUUGGAUUCCACCAAUGUAGAAACAGCAUUUCAGAAUAUUUUAACAGAAAUUUACAAAAUCGUUUCACAGAAGCAGAUUCGUGAUAGCCCGGACGAUGAUAAUUCACCGAGUAACAAUGUACAGACAAUUCACGUGGCCCCGACCGACAACAACGCCCCCAAACAACAGAAAUGUUGUAACGUCUGAGGGGGGGCCCACCACCAGGCAUCAGGAACCAAACAACAACAAAGGGAGAUCACUCGUUUCAGCAUCACUAUUGUCAAAGUGCUCGGGAUUUCAAGUGUUUACAUAUCAUUUGACGAGUGGUUAGGGUGGAGUGAAGACAAGAGUUCUGUUUUCCUGAUUAUGUUAUUUUGCUAUGAAUUGUUCUUUUUUUUAUGUACAUAUAGUUAUGGUUAAUGAACUGUGUCGAGAAAUUGGAUUUGUAUGUUAAUGUUAUUAUACAGAAUGCAACACUUUGGUGGCUAUUUUGUUUCUUAAUGAAUAUUGAUGCAUUUUUGCUACAUGUAUGUACAACUUUGAUGCGGACCUAAAACUUUGUGAAACAAGUAUACUGCCCAAGAAAGAUGGUAAAAUAUUUUGUUGCUAAAUUAGAAUGCUAACUGAAUUGCAGUAAGGGAGAUUUCUUGAGAAUGUUUCCACUUGAGGAAGUGCAUUGUUCAAUAUAUUAUGUCAUGUUUUUUUUUUUUUUAAUUACAGACAGGGCAAGUUAAAAUAUUGCAUAAACAGCUGUGUGCUUAUGUCUGUAAACGAUUUGUGAAAUUCUUUUUACCAUUUUUCUUUUUUAAUCAUUAAGUGUAGAUUUCACAAAAUGAACAAAAGAAAAGGAAAUGCAUGGCCGUUUUGAAUUGUGCAUUUAAACACUAAAAUUGCUGCAGAUAAUUAUUUACAUUUGUGUAGACAUGUACAGAUAAAUUUAAACUGUUUGAGUGGAUCCAAACACUGUAAUAAUACUGAUGCUGAAAUGAGGGGUGGAUUCCAAUAUUUCUUUAAAACAUGAUAACAUUAUAACAUAAUAUGAGGAGUGGAUCCUCAUUUUUUGUUCAGACUUGAAUAUUUGAGAACUAUCAUUUUUGACCAUCAAAUGUUAUAAAUUUAUGGAAGAAAGAGAAUUUAUUUUGUAAACGAUGGUCACUGCAUUUUUAAUUUUUAUACUAAAUCUGGCUUUAUCAUUCGCCUUGGUCCUAGAAGGAUCAAUGAAAACUUUGUGUGUUUAAUUUAUUUAUCAGAUUUGAUAUUCAAAAAAAAUACAUGCAUUUUUUUUUAUGUUAGAAAUCAAUGUCAAAAAUUUUAAAGGUUUUCAUUUUGUGGACAUAGAAUUAUAAAUCAAUUUUGCUAAAAUAUUGUCUUUUUUGAAGUUUGCUCAUAAGAUGUUUUGGGCAGAAUAUAUAAAAAGUUGAAAUGAAAUUUUGUUUUCCAAAAAAGAAAAAUUAGAAAACAACAAGGAGAAAAAAAUGCUCACCCACAUGAUUGGAUAAUGGGAACAUACCUACGUAAUGUGAAAAUGAUGUUUUGUUGACCUACAUAAUGUGAAAACGUGGCGGUUGGCCUACAUAAUGUUAAAUUGAGGCUUUGUUGACCUACAUAAUUUUAAAAUGAGGCUUCUUGGAUCUACGUUAAUGUGAAAAUGAGGCUUCAACUAAAGUGCUAUACUUAUAUUUAUUGGUUAUUGUAUACAUAUAAUAUCAAAAAAGAACAAGCUAAUUGUGUACAACAGUGACUUUUGUUUAUUACCUGUACAAUGUAACUUGUCUGAUUGUGUCAAAAAUGAAAUUGUUGAACAUACAGUAGGAAGGCUGCAAUAUGUAAUGUAGUCAGAUAUCAAAACGUCUGAUAAUGAAAAGUUACCGCCCUUUAUGUCCAAGAUGAAUUCUGUGCGUUGGUUUUGGUGCAGUUGUUAAAAUUGACACUGUAAGAGGAGUUAACAUUUGAUAUAACAAACUCUCAGUUUAAACUGUUGGUAUACAAAUUGUAACAUUUUCUCUGUAUAAUAUUUUUAAGCUAUACUAAAUUUAUCAAACUGCAGUUUACUAGAUUUUUAAUUCAUUCCAGAUAUUCAUACAAUGAGCUAUUUUUUUCUUUAUUUUUUCACACCUUUACUAUAAUUCUGCAUGUUUUGUUUAUUAUUGGCAUUCAGUGAGAGAAUGGGUCUGUCAGGACCAAAGAAUUUAUGUGUGAAUGUGAGAGGUAUUAUUAAACACUGGAAUAAAUAUAUGAAAUAUGA